UCCCACCCCCCAGCCUUCCAACGUCAACCGUCCAUCCGGACAACGCGGACGUUGACCUUCAGACAGGUUUGGAGCUGGCCAACCCACCUCCACCUGUUGCCCUUCCCCUCCCUCAUUCCCCCAUAGGAAAAAUUCUCUUUUCUUUUCAGAACCCAGUUUUUGGCCCCUCUCCACACACACGGACACCCCCCACGCCCAGACAGGGUUAAGCGGAAGCCCAUCCUUAUGCUUGCCAACGGCACGCCCCUUGCCAUGGCCACCCCUCCAGGGGCACAGACGCCCUCCCCAUCGUCUUCCGCCGGCGCAUCCUCGCGAUCUCCGUCCUCUCGGGUCGACAAUCGUAUCGUCUCGCCGCGGUCCAUCAAUCAGCUCGGCCUCUUCUUCGCAGGUGCCGGCUUCACGCUGGUCUCGGCCCUGAUCACCCGCCGCGCCGUCGUCCGCAAGAAAAUCUCCGCCCUGCCCAAGUUCUACCACACGAGUCAUGCCCCCGCCGGCCUCCAGGGCAACGCAGAGGGUUCCCUGAUCGCAAUCGAAGCCCUCGGCCUAGCCACCCUCAACGUCGUCAGCGUCGGCAUCAUGGCCACGGGCGGGCUCGCCUGGGCUUUCGACUUAUCCUCCCUCGAGGACCUUCGGGAGCGGUCGCGGCAGUCACUCUAUGGCCAUGCGCGCCAAACGGACGAGGCCGGAGAGCGCGAGAUGGAAGAGUUCGCGACCAUGUUGCUCACUAAGCUGGGGAAAGCCCCGCCACUAGAAGAUAAACAGGACAAGGACAAGAACGGCCAGGCCCAGAAAGAUCAGGGAAACGAGAAUGAGAAGGGGAGUGGGAAGCGAGAUUAGAUUUUCCCUUAGCCUUGAGGGCGAAAGAAGGGCGCGCCGAAGACGAGACUUUUGCAUCACUACAAAGCGGUAGGGCGCGGAAAGGCUUUUUUUUUUUCCUCCUUGCGCAGUAUCUAUUCGGACUCCGUAGUUGACCUUACAGCAUUGGUCCUGCGGUCAAAAAUCCCAGCUGAGAAAUACACGCGUCUGGUGGGCUCACUACGGGCUACAUUGCCAGGCCAACUGAAGCCACUACCGGGGGGGGGGUGGGAGUGCCAGUUACGCCGCAUUUAUUCCACGAGUGGGAAGCAGAUGAGCCUGCCAAACCUUUUACACUUCUCCUCUCUGUUUACUUUUCCUGACUCGCUGAAUCGGGGACCACUAACAGGCAGAUCGAUGCUUAGAACAGGGCGGUUAGGGAUGGUUCGGCCCCUCCCCGAAUCUAGCCGAAAUAAGUGGUUCUAUAUUUCUACAAUAUUUCUACAACGUAUACAA